AUGAGUGACGUUUUGCGCAGAGCCAAACACGCGCUCCUAAGCGUGAAGCAGUAUCAAUCUCUCUUGAAUCAGUACGCAGCUACUCAAUCAAUCGCCAAAACCAAGGCUUUACACUGCCACGCCAUCACCGGCGGUCGAAUUUCCGGCCACAUUCUCUCGACUCUCUCCGUCACAUACGCUCUAUGCGGUCACACCGGUUAUGCACGGAAGCUGUUCGAGGAAAUGCCUCAAAGCUCUUUGCUUUCAUACAACAUCGUUAUCAGAAUGUACGUUCGUGAUGGAAUGUACGAAGAUGCUAUUCACAUGUUCGUUAAGAUGAUUAGUGAAGGAAUCAACUGUGUUCCUGAUGGUUACACAUACCCUUUCGUUGCAAAGGCUGCUGGAGAGUUAAAGUCUGUAACUUUAGGGAUGGUGAUUCAUGGGAGGGUUUUGAGAAGCUUGUUCGGUACGGAUAAGUAUGUGCAGAACGCGUUGCUGGCGAUGUACAUGAGCUUUGGGAGGAUUGAGAUGGCGAGGAGAGUGUUUGAUGUGAUGAAGAACAGAGAUGUGAUCUCAUGGAACACGAUGAUUAGUGGGUAUUAUAGGAAUGGAUACAUGAGUGAUGCUUUGAUGAUACUUGAUCUGAUGGUGAAUGAAAAUGUUGAUCUUGACCACGCUACGGUUGUUUCGAUUUUGCCUGUUUGUGGUCACUUGAAGGAUUUGGAAAUGGGGAGGAAUGUUCAUAAACUGGUGGAAGAGAAGCGGUUAGGUGAUAAGGUAGAGGUGAAGAAUGCGUUGGUGAAUAUGUAUUUGAAAUGCGGUCGUAUGGAUGAGGCGAGAUUCGUCUUUGAUAGGAUGGAGCGGAGAGAUGUGAUCACAUGGACUUGUAUGAUCAAUGGUUAUACAGAAGAUGGGGAUGUGAAAAACGCUUUGGAGUUGUGUAGGUUGAUGCAGCUUGAAGGUGUAAGACCUAAUGCUGUGACUAUAGCCUCUCUUGUUUCAGCUUGUGGUGAUGCUUUGGAGCUGAAUGAUGGUAAAUGUUUACACGGUUGGGCUAUAAGGCAGAAGGUUAAUUCCAGUGUCAUCAUAGAGACUUCUUUGAUCAGCAUGUAUGCGAAAUGCAACCGCGUUGACCUCUCCUUCAGAGUCUUUUCAGGAGCUUCGAAAAACCAAACCGGUCCUUGGAGUGCGAUUAUCGCUGGUUGUUUGCAGAACGGACUCUUGACGGACGCUUUGGCUCUGUUCAGAUGGAUGAUAAGGGAAGAUGUAGAGCCGAACAUUGCUACACUAAACAGUCUUCUUCCAGCUUAUGCAGCUUUGGCAGAUUUGCGUCAAGCAAUGGAUAUCCAUUGCUACCUGACGAAAACCGGGUUUAUGUCAAGCCUCGAUGCUGCUACAGGGCUGGUUCAUGUUUACUCAAAGUGUGGAACUUUAGAAUCCGCACACAAGAUAUUCAAUGGGAUCCAGGAGAAGCACAAGAGCAAAGAUAUAGUCCUGUGGGGUGCGUUGAUUUCUGGCUAUGGGAUGCACGGAGAUGGUCACAACGCGUUGCAAGUUUUCAUGGAAAUGGUUCGGUCUGGUGUGACGCCAAACGAGAUCACGUUUACUUCUGCGUUAAACGCUUGCAGUCAUUCCGGUUUGGUCGAAGAAGGCUUGACACUGUUCACGUUCAUGCUUCAACAUUAUAAGACGAUAGCUAGAUCAAACCAUUACACUUGCUGUGUUGAUCUUCUUGGUCGAGCAGGUCGGUUAGAGGAAGCUUACAAUCUCAUUGCAACGAUUCCAUUUGAGCCGACCUCAACCGUUUGGGGUGCGUUGCUUGCUGCUUGCGUCACACACGAGAAUGUCAAGCUUGGAGAAAUCGCAGCAAACAAGCUGUUUGAGAUUGAGCCAGAGAACACAGGGAACUAUGUGCAGCUGGCGAAUAUCUAUGCGGCUUUGGGACGAUGGAGAGAUAUGGAGAAGGUGAGAGACAUGAUGGAGAAUGUUGGAUUGAGAAAGGAACCAGGUCAUAGCACAGUCGAUAUCAGAAGUAAUUCAGAUUGA